CGCCAUUUAUAAUUCUUCGAUUCAUUUGAUCUACGGUAUAUAUCUUUUCGGAAUUUCGACAUCUUGUAUAAUAUUCCAUUAUCCAAUAUCAAUUAUCGAUAAUUUCCACGAUAAUUGGGAAACGAUAUGGUAAGCUGAUUCGACUCAAUCCACCGCUAUAACGCGCUAGACAGAAGCUCUGAUCAUCGAGGCGCCUUAUUAAAAUCAAUUUUCUGUUUUAUAUAAAAUUGAGCUAAACCCGAGUCGGGAAUGAAUAGUAAUCAGCUAAAAUAACAUGGGAGCCGGAUUUUGGACUGGAUUAUUAUUCUUGAUCGAGGGACUGUUAGGACUCUACAUCAAGAGGAAGGGGGAAGAGGAUUGUUUUGUCGUGACAUUCCUAUCCAUAUCCAUCAUAUCAGUUAUAACAUCGACUUGCAUACUCAUAUUCGCCAUUUUAGGCAUAUAUUGCGAAAUCUACAGGAAACCAGUUUCGUCGCCUGGCAUUCUCGAAACGUUGUCGCAGCCGAAAGACGCGAGUUUGAAUGGUAGCCUUACAAUGGGAAUGAUACCCUUAGAUAUCGCUUUAUCAGCUGACCGAGAUGAUCAGUACCAAGAGAUCAAAGUCAAACAUUUCAACUACACCCUAUUCAAUCAAAAGGCGUCAAAAAUUCGGGCAAUACGUGAAACGAUAACAACUAAUGAACGCGAAAUAAUUUAUUCGACCAGGACUAAGAAUGAAUCAGCUCUCGAUUUUCCUCCCUUGACCAAAUAUCCCCGGUUUAAUGAUUCGAAUCAAUCCGCUACAAGUAUCAAUUCGAUUAUUGAUUAUUCCUCCGUUUUCAAAUACCCUCCUACCCAGCGCUCAAAUGUCUACGUUAUAAAUACGAAAAAUCAAAACAUAAGUGACCCACCCAGGGCAAAAAGAGAUACGAUUAUGUUAAACGUUUUCAAUUAUUCUAUCACUCUAACCAUAUACGUCAUAGCCGUGGUCCUGUCAAUCAUUGAUUUUUGCGUCUCCUUAUUAUCGGCGGUAGUGUGCUGUAAAGCUGCCUUCGGGGAUAUAUCCCACGGAUCGACUUUCGACAAAAUUAAAUCGGGUCGAAAAUUCUCGAUAGAUCUCAAGAAUGAACUAGGACCUCGCGGAUCGGGGAGUUACAAAAUGAGGGUGGUGGGCGGAAAAGAGGAAAGAAGGCAAUCGGGAAUUUCAAAAUUGUAUUAUCAGAUCGCCAGAAGCAAUAAGCACGCCCAAGUACUACCUAAUUCAAUAUCGCUCGUAGAUAGAUUGAGCAAGACCUUCGAUGUCAAAGCGAGUGAAAGGGGCAAAAGGGCUAACUCCUGGGUUCCCUUGCUGUCCAAAUUCUCGGGAUACGAUCAUUACGGGUCAGAAAUAGCGAGAUUAACGCCGCGCGCUUCGUAUUCGCAACACGGGGACGAGUUAAGAGGCCCUUCAUUUUCCGCCAAUAACAACGGCCUACCAGAGGUAAUAGAAACUUUGGGGAAGCCAAAAGUUCCAGCUCAAGACAUUUCCUACACCACCCACGAAGAUGUUAAAUCGCCCAAUACAAAUAUGCUUUUAAAAAGAGGUGACGAGACAUAUUGUGAUCAGAGGAGCCCCGCUAGUUGUGUCAAAGUGCUGCCCUCGGCCAAAAAACAUAAAACUAAAUCUGGCAUCGGAGGAAAAUGCUACUCAAAAGUUUCGGGCAAAAGCUUCCUUAAUCCGUUUAAACUGACUCUACAAUCAUCUCAACCGUGCUCCUCCGAUGACCAUUCGAGGCGAGCUUAUCUAGACAUACCCUCGUACUCGGAUUUUUCCUCUUCCAACAAGACCGGUUAUAGUUACGUGGCUUACUCAAACCACGAUACGGGCAGUUUCGUAGCAGCCGCCCACCUUCCCGAACCGAAUAUAGCGAGCUUUCUUAACCCCGAAUCGAUUAUCUCGAGGCCCUGCUCUGCCCCCAACAUGAGAAUCCCGACUACCUAUAAUAAAGUCAGAUUCUUGGAAAACAUCGCCCAAAAUGAGAAACCAAAGAUUUUAAUCACCGUAGAAGAGGCUACAGACACUCUCGAAUCUACUUAGUUAUUCAAAUUUUAAUUUCCAUUUUUCGUGUGGAAUAAUAAUCACGUGUUAAUGUGAUACAUAUAGGGGGAUACGUAAACAGAAGAUAUAUCAUACACAUAUAUAAAUACGUUUUUUAUUAUUAUUAUACAAAUUAUAUAUAUAUAAGCCAAAUCAUAUGAUUACUCUUUAUAAUCGUAAUAAUAUAUCAGAAUCG